AUGUCCAAAAUUGCCAUGAACUGGCCGUAUGGUCAGCAGAAGGUCCGCGGCGUCAACCUCGGUGGCUGGCUGGUGCUCGAGCCGUGGAUUACGCCUUCCCUUUUCGAGCGAACUGGCAACAACGCCAUUAUCGAUGAGUGGACCUUCGGCCAGCUUCAGAGCCGUGCGACUGCUGCUGCCGCACUCAAGCGCCAUUGGGACUCUUGGAUCACCGAAGACGACUUCCGUCAGAUCGCGGCCGCUGGUCUCAACCACGUUCGCCUUCCUGUCGGCUACUGGGCCUACGAUGUCUCCGCUGGCGAGCCGUAUCACCAGGGCCAGGCUCCGUACGUUGAGCGGGCUGUCGGCUGGGCUCGCAACCACGGCCUCAAGGUUCUUCUCGAGAUUCACGGUGCGCCUGGCUCGCAGAAUGGCUUCGACAACUCCGGCCAGUUCGGUGCGCCCCACUUCCACGAGAACCCGCAGAAUGCUCUGCGGCUCAAGAAAGUUCUCAAUCGCCUCGCCAAGCAGUACGCCAACGACCCAACUGUCACUGCCCUUGGUCUUCUGAACGAACCCGCCACCUUCUACGGCCAGGGAAUUCUUGACUACACUACCCAGUUCUGGCGCGACGGCUACGGCGCCACCCGCUGGCCGUGGGCAGAGGAGGGCAAUGGAGCGCAGUCUAACCUUCUCAUCGUCAUCAGCGAUGGCUUCCAGCCCCUCUCGCACUGGAACAACUUCAUGAGCGAGCCCCAGUACACCUCCGUCGCCAUCGACACGCACUACUACCAGGUAUUCAGCAACGAGGAGAUUGCGUGGAGCUGGCCUCAGCGCCUCCAGCAGGUGUGCAGCAAGCGUGGCCCCUACAGUGCCUCGCCCAACUGGCUCAUCGUGGGCGAGUGGUCCCUCGCGUCAACGGACUGCGCCAAGUAUCUCAACGCCCGUCACCGUGGCCAUCGCUAUGACGGUACCAUGGAGGGGUCGACCCGCCGCGGUAGCUGCAGUGACAAGACUGGAAACGGCUCAAACUUCUCCAACGAAUACAAGGAGUUCAUGCGCCAGUUCUUCGACACGCAGGUCCAGGUCUACGAGAACCACGGCCAGGGGUGGUUCUACUGGUGCUGGAAGAACGAGGAGGCGGCCGACUGGUCGUACAAGCGCGGCCUCGAGCUUGGCUACAUUCCCCGCAACCCCACUAGCUACAAGUACCCUCUCGCCAAUACGUGCCGCUGA